UAGCUAUCAGUCACAUAUUUAAAAGUAAAAGAGAAAGGAGAAAGUUGAUUUGUCACAAAUUAUUGAAUAAAUGAGAAGUUCUGAAAUUACGAUUGUAAUUGAGAGCGGAACAUUAGACUCAUAGAUUUCAAUUUUAUAUAUGUACAUGACUCAAUAAGAUAGAUACAGGGAGGUCAUCUCUUGACUUCGUAAACGCAGUUCAGUUGUGGAAAGAAUCGUCUUCUUCACCAUGAGAUCUCCAGAUCUAUUUGACAGGCUUCUGCCGCCACACUAUGGACAUAGAAUUACCUUUUUUCUUAUCUUUCUAUGUAUGACUCGUUCAGAAAGUUUAUUUACGAAAGGAAAAGAAUACAUUUAUUCUUAUGAGGCAAUUUCGAAUACGGGAGUUCUUUUGCCCUCAAGGGCCUCAUCUUCAUGGGGUUUCGAAGGAAUCUUGUCCAUUAAGGCUGGGGAAAAUUCAACAUUUAUGCAGUUACAAUCAAUAAAAACAAACUCAUGGAAUGGACCAAAUGACAAAAAAGGAGAAAACGUGGACAUUAAUGGCAGUAUUAAGGAACUGUUGAAACCUUUUAAGGUUGAAUACAAAAUGGGUCUUAUCGACAAUUUUAGCGUUGAAGCAGAACAAGUCUGGGCUACAAAUAUUAAAAGAGGAAUUGCUGGUGUUUUUCAAUUGGAUUUGAGCAAUCUGGAAAGGCAAAUGGCGUUCAAUUCAAAUGAGGUAAAUCACUAUGGUCAUUGUUCAAUUGAGUGCGUAGUUACAAAUGAAUCAUCCACUGAAAAAUUGAUUAGAAAAACAGUGGACCCUCGAACAUGUCGAGGACAUCCACACAGAACGUGGAGCAAUGUUCCACAAAUGCAAUGUCCAAACAAUGAUCAGAAUCCCCUUCUAAAAUCAAGCGAAAGACUUUACAGAGUAUUUUCAAAUGACAGUGAAGUUACCAUUUCAUUCGUCAACGCAACUGGAGGAAUUUAUGUUCAACCAUUUCAAAGCCUUGGAGAAGCUCAAUAUAUUUUCACUCAGCAGCAUUUUCAAAUUUUGUCUGUCAAGAACAUCUCUGCGUCAAAUGAAUUAAAAAGUGAUCCAAUGCAAAUAAAAAAUCUUCAGCACGAACUUCCUGGGACUGAUUUAACUCAAGGUCGAGGAGCUCUCGAAAAAGAAACUGUAUUUGAAACUAUAGCAGUUCUCCUCGAUCGUCUAAGCCAACGUCUCGAAAAUCCCGGCUUAGAUACAGAAAUCAAUAAUUUGCACAAUACAACAAUAUCUGUCCUUCUUUACUAUCUGGAAUCUUUAAACCGAGAAGAUUUGCAAAUAGUUUACAACAGUAUUUCAGGAACGAGCUAUAAAGACGAAACUGUAAGGAAUAUUUUUUUGGAAGCUCUGCCUCAAAUCGGAAGUUCGGAAGCUGCCCUAUUCGUUCUGGAUUUAAUUCAACAGAAAAAAGUGUCUGAUAUCACUUCUAUUCAACUUUUAACCCAUCUUCCAUUUCAUAUCAGAAAACCAGAAAUACAAUUACUGGUCACUUUACAGCCCUUGUUGAAUUUUCCUGACAAAAUUGCAGUGGAGGUUCAAAAUACUGGAAUUCUUACUUAUGGGACGUUGAUUUACAAAACAUGUCUCUCGUAUUGUCCUUACGAAAUGCUGGAUGAUUAUGUGAGACUCUAUCUUGACAAAUUUACUGAGAGUCCGUUGUAUGAAAAAAAGAUGGUUUGGUUGGAAGGUUUAGCGAAUAUUCAAUUAGGAAGAGUUGUAGAAUUUUUAGAGCCAAUUGCAAGUGGAACUAAUUCAGAGUCUAGACAUCUUCGAGUUUUAGCAGCCUGGGCUUCUUUGCCAACUGCACCCUUAAGGCCUGAUGUGAUUUAUCCGGUUUACUGGCCUAUUUUGAUAAAUCGAACCGAGCAUUUGGAAUUGAGAAUUGCAGCUUUAACAUUGCUUAUAGUUUCAAAUCCAUCUCCGAGUCGAUUAAUUUCCCUUUUUUGGUACAUGAAAGGAGAACCAGAUUUGCACCUUUACAAUUUCUUCUAUACAACUCUGAAAUCGAUGGAGCGAACGAAUUUUCCUUGCUAUGUCCACAUAGGAGGAUUGGCUGCACAGUUUACUCGAAUGCUUCAUAAGUCGUCGAAAAAUGAAUUCAUUAUCACUGGAAAUUAUCUUUUUGAUUAUCAGGAUACUUAUAGACACUUUGGGGCCAUGAUUCACGGAAUUAUAAUUGCUAAUCCUCUCACUAAUAUUCCGGAAGUAGCUUACGUUACUCUAAAUAAUCAUGGGAGUGGAAUUAAUCUGAAUCAUGUUUCGUUGUAUAUAAAAGCAGAAGGGUUUUUGCACACAAUGACAACUUAUCUGGACAAUCCGACUCGAGUCGAGGAUAUUUUGAAACAAUUUAAAAUAAAUGAGAAAAGUAUCAAUCCAGCUCAUUUUGAAAUAAUUGCCAGAGUUCAAGAAAAAGCUGUGCUGUGCUUGCAUUUAAAUCGAACAUCUUUGGUCAAAGUCUUUAAAUAUUUGGACUCUUUGCAACAGAGUACUUUCCAUCUUUAUCAAAACAUGGAAUUCCAUAUUAAUCAGCAACGCGUCACUGUACCAUUAACUAUAGAAUCUAUCCAUGUCACUGAUUUGGGUACCAAUGUGAGAAUUGCAGCAACGGCCACUUCAUUAUUUUCUAUGAGAGGAAAUUUCACGCACGUUCCCAACUCUCGCAAUAAUCAUGUUAUUUUUAGAACUUCGAUUCAUGGAACACAGGUGAUUGAAAAUUAUAAUCCUCUAACAGAUUUGUGGUAUGGGGCGCAGCGGGCUCAGUCAGUUCAUGGUUACUUGCCAAUAAAUGUCACUUUUGGACUUCAGGAGAAACUUUUUGUUUCCUACAACACUCCAGCAGAGGGUUUAAAACUGGGAGUAACAGCACAUGUGCGAACAAUUACGACCAUUAGAGGUUCGAGAGUGAAUGAAAAAUUAAAAACCAUUUGUCCUAAAUGCAUAACGCAAUACACAGUUAACAAAAAUCCAACGGAACCAAUGAAGACGAAAACCUUGUACGAGUCAAAUGUUCCUGAACUCGGAGGUCAUUUGAGAGUUAAAAUUUUCGAUUGUGAAAAAAUUAUUUCGAAGGAGAAUAUAUUUCGAAAUGUUAUGCUUUCUCAUCGCAGCAAUUACCAAAACUGGCCAGUUAUUGAAUUCAUAUUAAUGGGAAUUCAUUAUGUCGAUUACUUUACAUAUGUCCCUCCGAGAGGUAGUUGCGGCGUUGUAGCACACAUUGAGCCAAUCAGUUCUCACUCUACUGAGGUGAAACUUGAAUAUUCAAAAAGUGAUAAGUACCACUUGGUAUCUUUAAAACACAAAGAUUUAACUUCCUCGGAAGUUCUUGACCAAUGGAACUUGGCAAUAUUCUACGAAAUAACGAGUUGGAUUUCCGAUUCGCUCAAAAUAAAAGCCAGUAAAACAGCACCUGGCCAAAAAGUUCUGAAGUUUUGCUUUGAAGGAGAAAGAGAAGUCCCAUGGGAAUGGAAUUUCCUAAGCACAAAAGCAAGCGAUCCAUCUUCAGUUAAAAUGAAUUUAGUCUGGGGUCUCGCAGAUUCAGCAAAAGGAAAAUGCAGUGGAUCAUCCUUAUUAAUAAAAUUAUCAGGAGAAGUUAGUCGCGAACAAGCUUUCUCUAGUUUGGAAGAUAAAUGGCCAUACAAUGUUUGUCGAAAAGAGACAGAAGGAAAAGCUUUCGUUCCUUACACCCAAGCCUGUUACGAAACGUCCAGACAAUUGUCGACUCUGAGAAAUUAUCAGGCUAACGUUAAAUUUGAAAAUUUACCACAAAAUUUAUUAAAGGUAGGAUGGCGGAUGCGAGCCUUUUAUGAUCUCAUCGGAGGAAAUAGUAGCAGUUUGGAUUUGAAUGAUAUGAAUGAAUUUACUAUAAAAGCAAAAUUCCCUGCUGAAGCUAACGAAGGAGAAUUGCUAUUGAAUAACGACAAAAUUGAUAUAGAAUACGAUCCUGAUAUUGUUGAUUACUUUUUGGUGAGAACAAGGCUUCACAAAUUCACGGAUAAUCCUUUGCUUCGAGCUCUUUUCAGUACUUGCAUCUUAUCAACGAAUAGUGUCAGCUCUUCUCACAACAUCAGCAUACCGCUUGAAAAAAAUCACGAAAUGUUAGUUCUCGGGCAUUGUUAUGAUGAGAAUCCCAGACUUUCUUUGUCAGCAAUUAAUACUGGAUCUGAUGUCACUUUAAUUUUAAACGAUGAGUCAGAUAGUUUAAAUAUUACGUCUUUUAAAAAAGGAGGUGCUUUGUACAACUAUACAUCAAUUUUACAUAUCGAGAGGAACUUCCAAUUUGUUUCUCAAGGAUCGAAAUGGGUGAGGCUGGACGAGAAAUCUGUAGACGUACUGUUAUCGGAAUUUCAAAUAUUUAUACACUGGACCCAAGAACACGUUUUGCUUUUCUAUCCCAAUUUUAUUCAAGAAUUCACCUGCGGUGCCUGCAAUGCUCUUAAUCCAAACACGGAUGGAUUUUACAAGAAAUUUUCAGACCUUGACACGACAAAUGAGAAAAUCAAUUUCAUUCAUUGAUAUGUGUACUUUGAAAAUAAGAAGUAAAUGUUCUUCUUUAUUUGUGUAUAUUUCUACUAUUUUAGGAAUAUUAAAAUUUUUAAUUUUUAAAAGCUAUCUCAGAGUUUAAUUUAAAUAAUUUAAGACUGAAAGCUUCCAAAUUGAAGUUUGAUAAAAGAAAACUUUAGAGUUUUCCAACUUAGAAGCGUUGAUUUUACAUUAUUUGAAGCUCGAAAUAUGCUUGAAUUUUCCAAAUGAAGUACAUUUUAUGUGAAUCUCUGCAAAUGCCAAAAGUUAAACACUUAACGUUUUCAAAUCGAAUCAACUUUAGACAAUUUAAAGUUAAAUUUUUUUAAUCUAGUUGUGCGAAAAAUCAGAUUUCUGAAAGAAGUAGUUUUUUCUAUGAUUUUAAAAUUCAGAAUAAUAAUACUGAUGUCAAUUUAAAUUUAAAAAAUGAUCUUCAAUAAAAACAUUUUAAAAGUGAAAAAAAAAUAUUUUAACAAUAUUUUUUGCUAUUGAAUUUCGUCUUACUGUCCCUUUUUACAAAUUUGGGAAAAACUGACACCAUUCUUUUAACAAAUAACUGUAUUUGAUCAUUAUUUUCUUAUUUUCAAAAUUUGUAACAGAAUUAUAGGCACAACU